AUGACCACCCCCAACUCUCCGGAGCCAGUAGCCGAUGCGGCAAAUGGCUCCGUCACCUAUGGCACGCGAUCGAGAGGUCGCAAUGCGCCAAGGCCAAAUUAUGCCGAGGAUCGUGAUCUGGACAUGGACGCUGAAUCCGCGCCGUCCAAAUCCGCCAAGCGCAACAGCGGCGUAGCACUCACCAACAUCGUCAACGGCUCCAACGGCACCACGCCGGAGGAGAAGACCUCGUCGGCGCCACGUAAAAGCUUGAACGGCGUGAAUGGGGCUAACGCUGCCAACGGCGCCAAAGAUGCCAAAGAUGCCAUUCCAGGCACCUCUUCGUUUUCCGCCAGACCGGAUGACGCGAAUGGGUCCAACCUGAGAAAGCGCAAACAACCCGCCAGCACGCCCAAUUCCACACCCACUUCGGGUAGUGUUGCUAAGAAAAUCUUCACUUCCGCCCCCGGCGAUUCCGAUACGGAUUAUUUUACCAAUAUGAUGAGCUUUGAAAGCCACGGCCCCUAUUUACAGGAUGGUCAAUUAAUAGCCGAUGAUGGUACCACCUUCAGUCUCAACGAUCAUGUCUAUCUCAUCUGUGAACCUCCGGGUGAGCCGUAUUAUUUAGCGCGAAUUAUGGAGUUUGUUCAUUCCAAAACUAAGUCCGGUGGCUUCAUCGAGGCUCUCCGAGUGAACUGGUAUUACCGCCCACGAGACAUUCAGCGCCAUUCUCCCGACACUCGAUUUGUCUAUGCGUCAAUGCACUCCGACACAUGCCCCCUUUCUUCACUACGGGGAAAGUGUGAUAUCCGGCAUUCUUCCGAGAUUGAAGACAUUAAUUCUUACAAGAAAACGAAAAACAGCUUCUGGUACGACAAGAUGUUCGACCGGUACAUCCAUCGCCUCUACGAUGUCAUUCCCACUAAAGAUAUAAUUAAUGUCCCCUCAAAUGUCAAGAAGGUUCUUGAUGAACGCUGGAGAUUCAUUCUCGUUGAGAUCGGCAAGGGAAAAGAAUUAACGGGUGCCGUCAAAACCUGCAAACGAUGUCGCCUGUACGCCGCCAAUUCUGAAUCGGUGGACUGUGCAGUUUGCCAUUCAACAUAUCACAUGCAUUGUGUUCGACCCGCUCUGACCAAAAAGCCCGCUCGAGGCUUUGCUUGGGCCUGUGCCGCUUGCAGUCGUGCCCAGGAACGCAAACUCGAAGCGCGGAACACGCCACUCACCGGAGGACCCCGCGUGGAUGGCGAUGAUAUUGUCAUGGAGGAAGAGGAGGAAGAAGACCCCCAUAAUCACGCCAAUGGAGCUACGAACGGAACCUCUGUCAGCACCCCUGCAGCCGAGGAGGAUUUCAUGCCUCAGCCCGAAACCGUGGAGCAGAUGGCACAGGCCAAGAUGUGGCCCUACCGGUACCUUGGCAUUCAUUGUCGUGUGGAGGACGCUCUUGAUUACGACGACAGAAUUUACCCCCGGGCAAGCUCACGUCUAGGAACGCGACACCAGGCGAUGGUCGCUGCAUGGCCGGGCCGUCCGAUCGAAUACGUCAAGCCACUCGACAAGAAGAAAGCCAAGGUUGCUAAAAAGGACGGCAAGUCUAAGGAUGCGCAGGCCGCACUGGAAGCCGCCAAGCACGAAAGGGCCAACCGACCGAAGUGGGUGCAAGACGAGCCGACAGGCUACAUCCAUCGUGGUCUGGACGAGCCAGUGGUGAUUAAUGAAAAGACCGGAAAGCAAGCGCGAACCGCCGAGCCUAUUUUCAAAAUGCCUUCUUCUGAGCAAAUUCCAUCUCGGGGCGAAGAAGACGCACCUGGCUCAGAUUUGAGCGACGCUGAUCGGGAGAAGUUCAUCGACGACUACAUGCGCCAAGCCAAGGAACUGGCACCUGGAAUCGGAGUUGAGAAGCAUUGUACUAAUUUCCUCGACAAAGCUCUGCAAAUCCUUUACGCCGAAAGUUUCAACGUGCCAGCCGCCUUGGCUAAGCUGAAGAAGACCAACAGAUACAAGGACCUCAAGGAGCCCCACAUCAAACCAGACGAACUCAAGCUCUUUGAACAGGGUGUUGCCAAGUAUGGAUCUGAGUGGCGCAAUAUCAUGAAGCAUGUCAAGACCGUUCCGAUCUACCAGAUUGUGCGGUUCUACUAUAUGUGGAAGAAAACUCCGAGCGGCCGAAAGAUCUGGGGUGCUUAUGAGGGCAGACGCGGGAAGAAGGAGGUCCGUCGCCACAGCGUCAUCUCAUCCAAACUGGUUGACGAUGUUGCUGAUGAUCACGACGACUCUGCAUUUGACUCUGAGAAAGCUGUUGUGCAGAAGCGCGGGUUCCAUUGCAAGUUCUGCUCCACCCGCAGUUCACGGCAGUGGAGACGCGCACCUUUAGUUCCCCCGGGUACCGUCAUUCCCUCCGAACCCCAGAAUAAGAAGGACAAGGGUCCUAUGCUCACUGUCUCGCUCUGUCUUCGCUGUGCCUUGUUAUGGCGCAAGUACGGCAUUCAGUAUGAGGACGUGGACGAGGUUGCAAAGAGGAUCGCAAGUAGUGGCAACAAGUCAUGGCGUCGCCGCAUUGACGAGGAGAUGUUGGCGCAGUUGAUUGUGGCCACUGAGACUCCGUUCAUGAUCAACAACGCAACUGCCGCCACGGCUAGCUCAAUGGGCAUACCACUCGAUGCGAACCCUCGACUCUUGCAGGAAGGCAAGGCCGACCCGACGAAGAAAAAGACCAAGGAGACGCCCGCAACCUCAACUGCAACAUCCGUCGAGCCCAUGCCGAAGAAGAAGUCCGCUCCUGAGAAGCCGGUUGAAGCUCCGCCCAUCGUCCCCGACCCACCCAAAGCCAAGACCUUGCCUUGUGCGAUUUGCAACCAGGUCGAGCCGACGGGCGAGGAGCAUCUUUCAUGUAGGGACUGUCGUCUCACUGUCCAUCGUAACUGCUAUGGCGUGCGAGACUCGCGCGUCAGCAGCAAAUGGCUGUGUGAUAUGUGCUCCAAUGAUCGCAGUCCGUCGAUCUCCACAAACUACUCUUGUGUUCUUUGCCCUGUCUCGUGGACUGAACAUGAUCUCAUGGAAACAACCAAGAACAACGCACGGAAGAAGACAGAGCGUGAUAAGGAGAAGGAGCGCAUGGAGAAAGAGAUGGUCACUGAGGCUAUCAAGCUGUAUCGCCAGCGGCAAGAGGCUGUUGGAAAGCCAGUUGGUCCUCGAGAGCCCUUGAAGCGUACCGCAGGCAACAACUGGGCCCACGUGUUGUGCACUUUGUGGACGCCGGAGUUGAAGUAUGGAGAUGCAGAGGAGCUUGAACCCGCCGAAGGUUUCGGCUCCAUCCCUAAAGAGAGGUGGCGCGAGACAUGCAAGAUUUGCAAGUCGAAUAAGGGCGCAUGUCUGCCUUGCAGCUUUGCUGGAUGCAAUGCGCACUUCCAUGUUGGUUGCGCUUUCCAAGCAAAUUACCGGUUUGGCUUCGAUGUUACUCCCAUCAAGAGUUCUCGUCGUGACAGCGUGCGACCUAUUCGUCUCGGCGAGGAUGUUGGAGCGGCUACUCCUGCUGUCUACUGCCCGUCCCAUAAUGUUCCGAACGCACUGCAUGGAAUUGGCGAACAGACAGGCCAGGAUCGCAUGAAUGCCCUCCAGCUAUUCGCCCAAACUUACAAGCAAGCCGAUCUCACUCUCACUGGGACCGUUCGCAAGGCAGCAUACAUGCAAAAUUCCGUCGGAGCUCCGCAAGCCAGCACUCAUACUGCCCAUCGCCGGACUUCGACGAGUACGAGUAUUACUGCGCCACCUCCCGCGAAGGAUGUCCCCAAAACCUCGGCUACGAAUGAUGAGCCCGUUGAUGAUCCGAUGGACAUUGAUACAGACGUCAAGGUUGCGCCGCCUCCAGCUUCCCCGGAAAGUGAGACCAACCGCAAAUGUGUUCGCUGCGCAACGGGUUUCAGUCCUAGGUGGUGGGCCCUCGGACGUCGACCCGAUAUUCGUCCGACAAUAGCCAAUGGGUCUGGACACGUUCAUCACCCCUCUGGCUUUGGUCAGCCCAAUGGAGAUCUUGAAAACCCGGUAUACGAAUGCCACAAGUGUCAUAUCAAGAACCCAGCGCCUCCUCCACCUGUGACCGAGCCUGCAUCUGAUCCUCGGCCCUCGCCUUAUACCGCGCAGCGUACAAUGGUCCCCACUACAAGAAUGCCUAGUCAUGGACAUGGCUUCUUGCCCCACCCGCAUCCUCAUCCUCACCCUACUCCCCCAAGUGGUGUCCUUGGGCGGCCGAUGCCCGCAUCUCAUGCCCACCCUGGAAUCCAGGGCCCACCGUAUACUGGGCCAUAUGAGCAGCGUCCCGCAACCGAAAAUGGUCUUCGAAAUGGAAUGUCGCCAUCUCCUUACCCUGCGGCACCCCCACCACCUCACCACAUGAACAACUACCCCCACCCUCAUCCCGCAGGGCCACCACAGUAUACCAGCGCAGGACCAGCUCCACCCCCGCCGCCCUAUGCUACACACCAGAGCCCCUACGGCCCCGUACCAGCGCGGUCACCGCACCUUUCACAGCCUCCACCGCGCGCAUACGCUGCUUCGGCCUCCCCUCCCAUCGUCCAGGCAACGACUGUGAACCGCUCUCCGCAGACCUCGCUCAGCGCAUUAAACGGUGGCCCACCCAUUCGCAUGUACUCUGUCGACCGUGGCAUCGGGGCCCCUUCACACUCGCCCCCAGUGGCCCAGUCACGCCUUGAUCCCCGUGGACCAACCCCACCAACACGCCCGGAAGACACACCUCCUUCGCACAUGGGUGGAUUACCAAGCACCGGUCGACCUUCUGGAGUCAAUGGUACUGCCGGCACCCCCGGCACGGGGGCAAGCGCAAGCCCGUCGCUGAAGAACCUUCUCUCAUAA